UGUCCCUCAGAAGGCGAGGGGCACACUCCCCUUCGGCUGGGAGCCACGUCCGGUCCCCGGUGGAGGGACGCGGCUGUGAAGGGCUGAAGAGGGAUGAGGGUGGGGCUGGAGGCCACCUGAGCAUGAAACAGCAGGGCCCUGGGGCAGCGGGCAGCAGAGCCAGGGAGGAUGGCGGAAAACGGGCUGGCCCAGCGGGGCAAAGUGCUCACCCUGGAGUCUAUGAACCCUUUUGUCAAGAAGGUGGAGUACGCCGUACGGGGGCCCAUCGUCACCCGGGCCGUCCAGCUGGAGAAAGAGCUGCAGCAGGGGGCGAAGAAACCCUUCUCGGAGGUGAUCCGAGCCAAUAUUGGGGACGCUCAAGCCAUGGGACAGAAGCCCAUCACCUUCUUCCGCCAGGUGUCCGCUCUCUGCAUGUACCCUGAACUCCUGAAGGACCCCAGCUUUCCAAAGGAUGCCAAGGAGAAGGCUCAGAGGCUGCUGGCAGCGUGUGGGGGGCAGAGCAUAGGGGCCUACAGCGCCAGCCCGGGCAUCGAAAUUAUCCGCCAGGAUGUGGCCCGCUUCAUUGAGCGCCGGGACGGGGGGAUUCCCUCCAACCCAGAAAACAUCUUCCUUUCUACUGGUGCCAGCGAUGCGAUUGUGACCAUCCUGAAGCUGCUGGUCUCCGGGGAAGGGCGCUCUCGCACGGGGGUCAUGAUCCCCAUCCCUCAGUAUCCACUCUACUCGGCGGCGCUGGCUGAGCUCAAUGCCGUCCAGAUCAACUAUUACCUGGACGAGGAGAAGUGCUGGGCGCUGGACAUCGGGGAGCUGCGGAGGGCGCUGUGCCAGGCUCGGGAACAUUGCCACCCGCGCGCCCUUUGCAUCAUCAACCCCGGAAACCCGACCGGGCAAGUUCAAAGCCGCCAGUGCAUUGAGGACGUCAUCCACUUUGCUUGGGAGGAGCAGCUCUUCCUUCUGGCUGAUGAGGUUUAUCAGGACAACGUCUACGCGGAGGGCUCCCACUUCCACUCCUUCAAGAAGGUCCUCUUUGAGAUGGGCCCCAAGUACUCGGAGAGCGUGGAGCUGGCCUCCUUCCACUCCAUCUCCAAGGGCUUCAUGGGCGAGUGCGGUUUCCGGGGCGGCUACAUGGAGGUGAUCAACAUGGACCCCCACGUCCUGCAGCAGCUGACCAAGCUGGUUUCUGUGCGGCUGUGCCCGCCGGUGACGGGGCAGGUCCUCCUCGGCGUGGUCGUGAACCAGCCGCAACCCAACGAGCCUUCCUACCCGCAGUUCAGCCGGGAGAAAGAGGCCGUGCUGAGUGCCCUGGCCAAGAAGGCCCGGAUGACGGAAAAGGUCUUGAACCAGGCCCCGGGGAUCCGCUGCAACCCAGUACAGGGGGCAAUGUACGCCUUCCCCCAGAUCCAGUUGCCACCUCUUGCUGUGCAAGAAGCCAAGGCACAAGGGCAGGCGCCCGACAUGUUCUUCUGCCUGAAGUUGCUGGAAGAGACCGGGAUCUGCAUCGUGCCUGGCAGCGGCUUCGGUCAGAAGGAUGGCACCUUCCACUUUCGAAUGACCAUCUUGCCACCUCCAGAGAAGCUGGAGCUGAUGCUGCAGAAACUGACCCACUUCUACGCCAAGUUCACCCAGCAAUACGCCCGAGCCCCGCUCACGGGCAGCAACAACGUGGAGAUGAUGGAGCCGACGGGCUGUUAGCUAGACGGGCGCUCUUGCCCUCCUCCCAUUCAGACUCUACCUCCGACCCUCCCUCCUGCUCUCCCCAAAGGAUGGGGCGCCAUGGAGGGCACUGGCAGAUUGGCAAACGUAUCGAAGACCUGGCAUCCCAGCGCCUCAUCUGAAAGUCCCCUUCCGCCAGGCCAAGGGGAAGGGCCAGCCCCCUCUGCAGCCCAUCAGGCGUCCCUCCCCGCUCUUGACUCCUCGCCGAUUGAUCGUGCCUGGCUUGCCAAGGGGGAAGAGCAACACCCCCUAGCAAGCGAUCCCGCUCCGCAGCGCCUGAGAUGAGAAGAGGAGCCCCAGAGGGAGGGUGACCCCCCCACCCUUGCUCAGGCUGCCCCAGAACUUGGGGGCGGGCAGUUUAGAGUCCACACAGCUGCCUCUCAGACCCACAAUUCUGCCAUGUGGCAGGGAACAAGAGGAGAUCAAUAAAACCCAUGGAACGCGCAGAAUAAACAGUUGGAGAGCUCUGUGGUUUGGGUCUCUGGCUUCGGGGCCAGAAGUUGGGA